AUGAUACUUGCAAAAAGGAAUAAAUUAUUUACCUUAUCAUUUUUAUUGCUAGUAUAUGCAAAUAAUGUCGCCAUUUCAAGUGUUAAUGAUAAAAACAACAAUAUAACUAUCACCUCUCCAAGCCAAGAAAAUAAUGAGGAAAAUGUUAUAGAGGAAAUCGAAAAUGAUGAUAUUAAUAUGAAUGAUCAUAUUAAUAUGAAAGAUGAAGACGAAGAAAUAAAUAAUAUUAAAGAGACAUAUUUUAUAAGAAAAGAAAACUAUAAUAAUACAACACAAAAUGAAAUUUCUCCAUCACAAAAUAAAACAAUUGAAGAUUUAAAAGAAAAACAAAAUUCUGACAAUGUAAAAAUUGAUGCAUUUAAUUUUAUAGAUAGCGAAAAAGAAACCAUUAAAAAUUUUCAUGAAAAUAUAGAAAAUAACAAAACGGAUAUAAAUAACGAAGAUGAUUCUUUUCUAGGAAAAUUAAUUCGUAUAAUUCCAAAUUUAGCAAAUUUUGGUAAAAUAAAAAAUUCAAGUUAUGAUCACCCCAUAGAUCAAAAUGAUGAUAUUUCAGAUUUUAAUAAAACCGUAGAAGGAGAAGAUGAUGAUAGUGUGCAGGUAAAUAUAGAUAGUGAACAAAAAAAAAGCGACAAUGGGAAUACGGAUGAAAAAAAUGAAAUAUCGACGGAACCAAGUAAUGAUACUAAUGCACUAACUGAACAAAAAAAUAAUAAUAAUGAUGUAAAAAAUGAAGAAGAUAUUUCUGUUAAUAAUUAUAUAACUACUCUAAGUUUAAAAAGUAAUGAAACCCCGAAUACUACUAUUGAAAAUAAUCCAGAAAAAAAAAAUGAAAAUACAGAAGAUAUAAUAGAUCAUGCCGAUAUAAUGCGUAUAACAUUGUUAAAAGAAAAUAAAAAUCUUAAAGAAACAACUAAGAUGCUAGAUGAAGCUGUAUAUAACAUUGAACGGUUUGUUUUAAAAUGUAAAUUUUAUAUAACUGCUAUUACUAAUUUUAUAAAAUUUAAAACUAAUCAUAUAUGUGAAUAUUCUAAAUGUGGUGAUAAUGCACGAUGUUAUAUUGUUGAAAAAGAUAGGCAAGAAUGUCGAUGUCUAGCUAAUUAUGUACGAGAUACUAGUGUAGAGUAUUUUAAAUGUAUUCCUAUGACUAUUAAAGAUUGUGCUAAUAAUAAUGGAAAUUGUGAUAAAAAUGCCGAAUGCUCAAUUAAAAAUGAUAAAAUUAUAUGUCAUUGUUCAUAUGAUUAUUUUGGAGAUGGCACUUUUUGCGUUCCGAAUUCACAUUACAAUAAUUUAUUACAUAUAUCCCUUAUUAUAAUUGGUUGUAUUGUUCAAAAAUUUAUUUUUUAA